UUCAUUGAAGUAGAAGGAACAAGAGUUCUUUGUUGGUGGGUUUUGGGGUUUGGGUUUUGUGUUCAUAGUUGUUUCACAAAUUCAUCAUUUCCUAACACUGAUCAAAACCAAAACAAAGUACUAAGUAGUAAGUACUACUAGCUCAGAAGAACUCAAAAUCGAUGAAAAUGGCAAAUAUCAUCAAAACAAGCAGCGAUGUUUCCGACAAUUCCAACAACAGUAGUACUUCUCAAACCGAAAUCGAAAACCUUAACUCUGUUUGCCCUUACGAAGAAGGAGAAAAAGUCUUCGCUUUUCACACUGCUUGUCUUUAUGAAGCUAAGGUUAAGCAUAUUGAGUACAAGCAUAAACGAUGGAGAUUCUUUCUUCAUUAUCUUGGUUGGAAGAAAAGUUGGGAUGAAUGGGUUGUUAUUGAUCGAUUGAUGAAACAUACCGAGGAAAAUAUGCAGAAAAAACUUGAUCUUGAUAAGAAAUAUGGAAAUGAGAAGAAUGCCAAAAAACCGCGUGCGUCAACCAAGGGUUCUAAUGUAGCGAGAGGCAGGAAACGAAAGGGUGAUUCUCUGGUUAAGGAAAAGAUUGUGGUUGUUCCUGAUAAACUUGUCAACAUUCAAAUUCCACCAACACUGAGGAAGCAAUUAGUUGAUGAUUUUGAGUUUAUCACUCAUCUUGGCAAGCUUGUUAAACUUCCUCGUACUCCUAACGUGAACGACAUAUUCAAGACUUAUUUUGAUUACAGAUUGAAGAAAAGUGGACCGAUAGCUGAUUCGGUUGAAGAAAUUAUGAAAGGACUGUGUUGUUACUUUGACAAAGCAUUGCCAACGAUGCUCUUGUACAAUAAUGAGCGUCUGCAGUAUCAAGAAGCUUGUCCAAAUGAUAUUGUUCCUUCUGAUAUAUACGGUGCAGAACAUUUGUUACGUCUCUUUGUUAAGCUGCCAGAGAUAUUGUUCCAUGCUAACAUUGAAGGCGAUACAUUGGUAGAACUCCAGGCUCAAAUACUUGACUUUCUCAGGUUCUUGAGAAAAAAUCAGCGCGCAUUUUUCCUUUCUUCUUAUCAUGUCCAGGAGAAUGUUGAGAACAGCAGCGACAAACAAUUUUGUAAUGCACAUAAUAUCACAUAGCUUCUGCGGUUGCAGAAUGCUUGUUUCAACUGCAGUUUACUAACAGAUCAAAGCGUUUUGUUAAGUGUUGCUUGUAGUAUUGGGAAUGCAAACCUUUUCAGGGUAAAAGAAGAGGAACUAUUAAAGGAUGCUACUGACCCUCUUUUAAAUGUCAGUUGUAUCUCUGAAAUUUGUUAAAUUUAGCAUAUGUUUGGUAUUACAGUGGAUACGCUACAAUCACGGUGAUCCAGAAGCUACAAAGUGUAGCUUUUGAAAAACCACGGUGUGUCACCAUAAUUCGGGUGUAUUCACCGAUACCAAACAUAGGCUUAAUCUGUUAUCCAACAAAAAUGUUUCCAUUGAUGAAGUUAGUGCUCGAGCAGCCUUUUAGUAUUGUGUGCAUGAUAUUUGGUUUAUAUCAUCCACCUCCUCGACUGAUCUCUUUUUCGCGGUUUUUAGUUCUGAAUAUGAAAACCUUUGAAAGCCUGUAGCUGAAAGGUGUCUUUGUACUUGAUCAACAUUAUUAUCAAUGUGGAAAAUUCAAAUAUAUAAAAAUAUAAAUCAAUGAUAUGUUCCUAAUAAA